AUGUUCCAAAUCUCCUAUGAGCUGGAAAACAAGGGCUCUGUAGCUCGUGACCAUCUUGCACUGGAACGAACAUUCCUAGCAUGGAUGCGCACGUCCCUAAGCUUGGUCGCGAUUGGCGUCGCCAUUGCACAGCUCUUUCGUCUACCGGAACUGAUCCUGGACGAGGAUGAAAAGAAGGUCCAGGGAAGUUUGGCGUUCUUGCGCGGCGAGGCUAAACAAAUUAACAGCAAAGUGCGUCUGCACUCUCUGCAACGGCUCGGCACUCCUAUCGGUAUCUCGUUCGUCGGCGUCGGGAUCUUUAUUUUGUUGUGCGGCACGUCCCGCUUUUUCCAGACCCAAAACACUAUGAUCAAAGGCUUGUUCAUUCCUAGCCGUGUGGAAGUUUUUGUGCUGGCUUGUGUCACAGGCGCACUUUUGUUUGCUGCACUGGGCGUCAUGAUCUCUGUAGCAGCUGGCGCUCUCUAA